UUAUCAGGUGACGGAAUUUUAGCAGACAAUACUUCCGCAACCUUGCACAGAGCAAUAUCUGCCUUAACUUCGACGGCGAUCAUGGCUUUUCUCUACCGUGCCUUUGUUGUGUUUGUUCUUUAUUCAGUUCUUGGUGAGUGGACAAAUGUAGCAGCUGUAAAUGAAGCUACAGCCAUACGUGUUGUUCCAAGUCCCUCAGUUACGAAGAAUGGUAGCAGCCUUUCAAAUGCAACAUCUCACCAUGUGAUGACCACACCUUCUCAUAACAUGUCAUCUGCCAUACCUCACAACACGACUGUCACGCCUCACAACACGACAAUUACACCUCACAACACGACAAUUACACCUCACAACACGACAAUUACACCUCACAACACGACAAUUACACCUCACAACACGACAAUCGUGCCACAUAACACUACAAUCAUGCCACAUAACAGCACUGUCAUGCCACCUCAUAACAUGACAAUCACACCAUCGUCAGCACACACUGUGAUGCCAACAUCUUCCGUGCAUCCAGCACCAACACCAGCACCAAAACCAGGCAACUUCUCGGUGAAGGAUAAUGGUACUGUCUGCUUGUUUGCCUACAUGGCAGCCAAAUUUGACAUCAUGAUUGUUUCAACGAAGUUAAGCCUUGAGCUACCAACCAAUGCUGCUGUGAGUGGAGAAUGUGAUAAAUCUGUCCAAGAACCUUACAUUACCUUGAACUGGCAGACAAUGGAAGGUUACAGCUGCAAUUUCACCAUGCAUUUUGUCAAGGUAGAAGGCAAAACUUUGAAGAAAUCCACUAAAGGUCGCUGGGCAGCUGCCAACUUGACAUUCUCUUUGAAAAAUAGCACUGAUGAGCCCCUCUACACAUUCCAUUCUGCAACAGGCCCACUGAGGCAGCUGUCUGCUGAUUACGGUUAUGCUUACGAAUGCCUGACAGAUCCCAUCAACUUCAAACUUAAUGCCAACAAUUCCAAUGUUAAUGUUACCUUAACAAAGAUUGAUUUUAAGCCUUUUGAUGUACAGGAUGGGCAUCUUGGCAAUGUGGAGAAAUGCAACUCCCCAGCAACACCAACGUCAACACCAGCACCAACACCAACACCAACAGGAAAACCAGAAAGCCAUGUGGUGGCAAUUGCUGUUGGUUGUUCUUUGGCUGCCCUUGUUAUUAUCAUUGGCAUUGGUUACAUGAUCGGAAAACGCCGCAAGAGAAACCAAGCAGCUGGAUAUCGCAAGCUGUGAAUAUGCCGCACCACAGUCAGAUGGAGCAAGAGUUGAAAUCUGUGAUCCUGGCUGCAAGGGGAAUGCAGCAAAUAAACUUGUAACACAGUUAGUAGGUUUGUAGAAGAACAUGAUCAGGCAUAUUUUUGAGUAACUGUUUUUGUAAUAAUGAGUGAUUUGACUUUACUCUAGAUGAUUAGCAGUCCAAACUGAACAUUGUCUUUUUGUUAUGCUGUAUGAUUGACUUGGACAAUGGAAUUUUUGUCAAAAUCUAAACCAUUACACUACAAAAUAUGCAGUCGGACUGUUGUUAAUCAUGGAGUAGUUUUCACUUGUGAUAAUCUGUGGAAAAUUUCUCAUCAGAACGCAUUUUAACCACUUGAAGAGCAACUUUCUAGAUGAAAAUUAUUCUUGGGAUGUUAUUGGUUAUAGAUCACUGGAGCAUUACUAGAUUGAUUUUAACAGGAUUAUUGCCAGCCUGGCAAUUAAAUGACACUCACAGGUACAAACCACCCAAGGGGAAAUCCCAUAUAAAAAGGUUGGGGGCACUCGUCGUACCUUUUAGGGGCGAGAAAAGCGGUUUCGGUACCCCUCUUAGGGUAUUAAGCCUUAAAAGGUCCACAGUGGGAAUUUUUGCAGUACCUCUUAGGAUAUUGAGCGAACAAAAAUAAAACAUGAGAUAAUGUUUUGUUUUAGAAUUGGUACUGACCUCUUAGGAGUGAAAAGAUAUCAAG